AGACAAAAAAAAGUGUCUGAAAGCAACUGCAUUCUGUCUGCCCACUUUGUGAUGGCGCAGAAUUUCUCAUUGGUUUCAGCACAAACAGCAGAGUCACAACUCCAAUCAAAAAUAGAAUAUGAACAGAUGCCUUGCAGAAACAUUCAUAGAUAUUAGUUUCUAUCUUUGAAGCCGUGCUUAUUUAGCACAGUCUGCCAUUCAUCUCUUUAUGCAGUAAUGAAACCAACAGAUAUUUGAGACAAAUGCUUUAGUGUUAAAGUUAUGCAACAUCCUGGAUGUGACGUUAUAAUAAAUAUGCAUUUCCCUAGUCAGGUUUGGACUAGUCUGAGCGGAUCAGAGAGGGACAGUGUGAUAUUGCUGUGUAAGCACACGUUUUUGCUCUAGUUUCAAUCUCAGACGGUUGCAAUCCAUUUUUGGUCGGCCCAACAAGCUGCCACCAGGGUCACUUCCUUAUAACUAAGUACACUGGGGCUCUGUUCUCAAUAUUUAGUUCUACAAAGUCUGCUUUAAUGAUUUUCCUUUUUUCAGUUUAGCCCUAAGAUAAAUAUCAAAGAUCAUUAUAAACCAGAAAAUAGCAAAAACUACAAAAGAUUGGGUGCUUUCUUUUACUGCAGAGCACAAAUCGAUGACUGUGAUAUUCUAAAUUCAGCAGAGGACACUUUUCGCACACAGGAAACUGCAUCUAGAUAGCUCAAGCUACCGGUAAACCCCUGCAUAAGCCGCCAGUUCUUUAACCUCUCACCCUAAACCAAGCAUGCGUAUACAGUGGUAACAGAGAGAAACGGUUUCACCAGGCUCUUUUAAAUUAAGCCCUGCCUUUAAAUAGCAGUCAGAAAAAGAGAAGUGUGAAAAGAGCAGAGCGAUGCUGAACGCAGAGCUGCAGAGGGGACCGUUGGUAAGGCUGAGAGGGUUCCUGUGGGGCUGUACGGCACCAGCCGCAUUAAGACGGACUCUUCACAGCUGGGUUCAGGGACAGCUCUGGAGGAGGAGUACAGCAGAAGAACAGACUCAGAUAGAAGUGGAAAACUGAGAGGACUAGCACAGUGAGGCUUCAUUAAGGGAAGUCAGAAGAAGGAAGGCAAACAUUUGUUGGCUGGUUUGCCGGCCAUGGGGAACCUCAUUAAGGUCCUUGGCAAGGAUUUAGAGAACUGUCCUCAUUUUUUCCUGGAUUUCGAAAAUGCUCAGCCCACAGAGGCCGAGACAGCUGUGUGGAACCAGGUUAGCGCCGUGCUGGAAGAGGCCCAUGGGAUACUGGCGGAGUUACAGUCUUACAAUGGAGCAGGACAAGAAAUAAGAGAGGCGAUUCAGAACCCCAAUGACCUCCAGUUGCAGGAGAAAGCCUGGAACGCAGUCUGCCCCCUAGUGGCCAAGCUCAAGAGAUUCUAUGAAUUUUCUCUCAGGCUAGAGAACGCCCUGCGCAGUCUCUUGGAGGCCCUCACUAGCCCACCCUAUGCUCCCAUGCAGCAUUUGGAGAGAGAGCAGGCCCUCGCCAAACAGUUUGCAGAGAUCCUGCACUUCACUCUCAGCUUUGAUGAGCUCAAGAUGACAAAUCCAGCCAUACAGAAUGACUUUAGCUACUAUAGGAGGACCAUCAGCAGGAAUCGGCUGAACAACCAGCAGUUAGAAGCUGAGAAUGAAGUGAAUAAUGAAAUGGCCAAUCGGAUGUCACUCUUCUAUGCUGAAGCCACACCCAUGCUCAAAACCCUGAGCAAUGCCACGACUAAGUUUGUGUCAGAGAACAAGACUUUGCCAAUUGAGGACACCACAGAUUGCCUGAGCACUAUGGCCUGUGUGUGCCGUGUCAUGUUGGAGACUCCGGAGUACCGGUGCCGUUUCACUAAUACAGACACCAUGCUGUUCUGCAUGCGUGUGAUGGUGGGCGUCAUCAUCCUUUAUGACCAUGUUCAUCCAGUGGGUGCCUUUGCCAAGACCUCCAAGAUUGAUAUGAAGGGCUGCAUCAAGGUGUUGAAAGAGCAGCCUUCAAACAGCGUGGAGGGACUGUUGAAUGCACUGAGGUAUACAACAAGACAUUUAAAUGAUGACAGCACCUCUAAACAAAUCAGGGCCCUGCUUCAAUGAAAGCAGGAGGAGAGCGAGAAAGAGCGAGCGUGGCGAAAGAGACUGUCAGAGAACAAACGACGGUGGCUGGCAAACCUCUGAAACCUGUUUGUUUACAAGAGCAAAAUGCAACUUGAUCUCAAAUUAAAUAAGAUAUUCUAGAAAAGAGAAAGGAAUAUGAAAAUAAAUAUAUAUAUAUAGAUUGUUGAUGGUUCAUCAUCGUGUGUCAUUUUAUAAAAGCAGGAAAAAAUAGAGAUAUAUAUGUAUAUUAAAUUUCAGAAAUCAAACAAAACUACCCGAUACAAAUAUAAAGGUCUUACGAAAACAUAUUAAACUUUUAGGAAUCCAAUUAAAACGCGAUAGCUAAAACCACCAACAAAAUGGUUCAUAUUCCAAGUUACGUCCGAGAGUAUUUUUGCACACUUGAAAAGGAAUCCCACUUCACAGGAAAGACUUUAUGGUGGCUUGAAACUGUGUAUAGUUCAAAUCCAUUUCCACGCGUUUAGACUCGAUUUGAUUUGUAACGCCUUUGCCUCAUUAUCCUCGAUAUGCUUCAUCCAAUGCAUUCUGGGAAUCGUGGGUUUCCUGAUAAAACUGCAGUCCAUGGCAUUUCCUCUUUGGCACAAAGUCUGUUACAGAAUAAAUAUAAAGAUCACAUACUUGAGACACAUUUCAAACGCGUACUAUAACCAUCUAGCUGUAUAUAUUCGGAAAGCACAGGAUAGUUUUGUAAAGAAAUGAAGCGUUUUGUUAGACUUCUUCACUAGUGCUGUACAGCAAUACUCUACCAAGGUGACAACUGCGAACACGAUCAUAUGAAAUGCCUUCAUACCAGUGUAAGACACGUCGGAUAAUGCUAACAGCUCGUCUGUGGAGGUGAAAGGCCAGUUGUACAUAUCAUGAGACGAACAAUCCUUUAAAUAGCUUUUUUUUUUUUUUGCUCUUGUAAAGUUUGGAUGCUAAACGGAGCGAGUAAGCCAUGAAACUGUAAUUCAGACGCAAACACACAUUCUGCCCUGUGCCAUAGCUGCUUCCCGUACCACUGCGUCUCAUUCAGAGUCCAGACGGAGCCACAUAUUACAUAUAACAUCAUCUGUAGAAAGUGAGGAACAAGUAAACCAAAUCACACCAUUGUGACAAUGACAACACAGCGAUGUGGAUUUGCUUUCCUCUGUAUCCAAAAGCAAAUCAUUGCCAAAUGAGACUGCGACAUUGCCUUUUAGAUAAAUAGAAGUGAUGCGCUGUGUGACGUUUGAGUGAUUCGUUUUGUCAUGAACACAAUCUAAAUCUUGAGAUACAUUAUAUACGCUCAGAAAACAACAGACUUGAAGCUGCAAAACACUUGGUGUAAAUAAGAGGAGUUUUCUUGUGGAAUCUUACAAGGCCUAAACAGAUGUUCAAUAGAGAUUCCUUCUGUUAGAAUUACAGAAUUUAAAAAAAAUAAAAUAAAGAUGUGGGUUGAAAACAAAAGAAUGAAUCAAAAAGAUUACCGCGACAAACGCAGUGCUGUACUUUGGAUGUCUCUCGCCAUUAGUCGAACUUGAUUUGAUCUUCUAAUAUGUUUUCUAUAUGGAGUUCUGUUGCAAAACAAAAGCUCUGUAUGAAUAUAUAGAUGGCAUGCUGUAAAAGUUCAGACAAGACUGUAAAUACGGUGUUUUUAUUCAUUUUUAAUUGUUCGGUGAAUCUGAAUUGGGUAUGUGUUGUCUCUAAGAAAACCAUGCGUUUUGGCUUGGACCAUCGGACUUGCCGUAGACAUUUGUUCCAGAUCUUCAACUUCAUAUCAGCGGGGAAUUCAAACAGGGCAGGGAGGAGGGAGGAGGGUGGGGGGACGGGCUGUCCAUUUGCUUGUUAUUUUGUACAUUUUGUGCAAGAAAUAAACUUGUCAUUUACUACAUUCAA